AUGAACACUCAACAAAGAGCUAUGGAGGGUGAUUUGACCCGUUUGAAGGCCAUCGCCCGUAAGGAGUCUGAUGCCGUCGGCCGUGCUGGUAUCUCUGACACUUUGAAGCAGUACAACGAGCUGUUCCAGGGAAAUGAGGACAAGUCCAUCGAAGCCCGUAAGAACAACUACACCAGCAUGGUCAACCAGUUCUACGAUCUGGCCACCGACUUUUACGAGUUUGGCUGGGGUCAGUCCUUCCACUUUGCCACCCGUCACAAGUUCGAGAGCUUCGAGGCCUCGAUUGCCCGUCACGAGAUGUACCUUGCUCAUCAGCUCGGUCUGUUCCCAGGCAUGCGUGUGCUCGAUGUCGGCUGCGGUGUCGGUGGUCCAAUGAGAACCAUUGCCCGUUUCUCCGGUGCCCACGUCGUCGGUCUCAACAACAACGAGUACCAGAUCCAGCGUGGAAAGCGUCUGAACGAGGCUGCCGGUCUCGCCCCACUCUGCUCCUUCAUCAAGGCCGACUUCAUGAAGGUCCCCCAGGAGGACGCCACCUACGACGCCAUCUACCAGGUUGAGGCCACCUGCCACGCCCCCAACAAGGUCGACUGCUACAAGGAGAUCUUCCGUCUGUUGAAGCCCGGCGCACUCUUUGGAGGCUACGAGUGGAUCGUCACCAACAAGUACGACAAGAACAACGAGGAGCACAAGAAGAUCAAGCGUGAGAUUGAGCUCGGCAACGGUCUCCCAGAGCUGGAGCAGCCAGCUGCCAUCGUCGCCGCCCUCAAGGAGGCUGGUUUUGAGGUGAUCACCGCCACCGAUCUCGCCGAGACCUCUGACCUUCCAUGGUACCUGCCAUUGUCCGGUUCGUUCUCGAUCACUGGUUUCCUGCACACCGCCGUCGGUCGUUACCUCACCGGUAAGCUGUGCCAGUUGCUCGAGGUCGUCAAGAUUGCCCCAGGUGGUGCCUACGACGUCAACGUCUGGCUCCAGGGUGCUGCCAUCUACCUCGUCGAGGGAGGUCGCAAGGAGAUCUUCUCGCCAAUGCUCUUUGUCUUGGCCAGAAAGCCCGAGACUGCCAAAUAA